UGCGCACCGACUGUGACUGCGCUCCCUUUUUUUUUCCUACAUUCAAACAUGGCGAAACUCUUUGCCAUAAUACCGCCACCAUCACCUUCACCUUCCUCCACCUCAUCGUCAUCACCGCCACCAUCAUUACCUUCGCCAUCAUCAUCACCAUUAUCUCCGGUAGCGUGAUGACCCGGGAGGAUGGAGAAGUUGUCGGCGAGCCUGUCGGAGAUCACUUGGAGCCCGUUGGCGCUGCCGCUGGACGCGGUGGUCAGCAAGUUCCGUCUGCCCACUCUGGUCCGCCUGGCCCACGGUGAAUGUGUGGAGGGGCUGUCAGAGGAGGAUGUGGUGCUGCUGCACUCGUGUCGUCAGUGGACCACAGUGACUGCCCACAGCUUAGAGGAGGGACACUACGUAAUUGGACCCAAGAUAGACAUCCCUCUGCAAUACCAGGGGAAGUUCAAGUUGCUGGAUGAGGACCGAGACGUCAGGGAUCCGGUCCAGUAUUUUUCCAGUGUGGAGGAAGUUGCUGGAAUCUUCCCUGACCGGGUCUUCGUCAUGGAGACGAUCACAUUUAGUGUCAAGGUGGUUUCAGGGGAGUUCAGUGAGGACAGUGAGCCCUACAGCUUUACUCUGCAGGCUGGAGAUGAGCUGUCACUCAUGGGGAAGGCGGAGCUUCUCUGUGCCACGCCCUCUAAGGAAAAGACGGGACUGACUGCACUCCUGAGACGCCUGGGAAAGACUCCAAGAAGUAAAACUCCAUGCCUGGUCUGUAUGAACCAUCGCACCAAUCAGAGCGUCAGCCUACCCUUUGGAUGUCGUGGACGCUUUUGCACGCGCUCCCCUCUGGAGCAAGGCAUGCUGGGAGGGGAGCACACGGUACGCAGCAUCAUCGAAAGGGUUCGCCUCCCUGUCAAUGUGUCCGUGCCUUCACGACCACCACGAAACCCAUACGACCGCCAUGCGGUCCGUGAGGGCCACCGCUACAAGCUGCUCAACAUCGUCAGCAAGACGGUGGUGCUCUGCAUGGUACUCCGCCGACAGGAAGUCUCCCCCUCGCACUUCCUGCUGCUGCGCUGCAUGCCCCGGUUCAACGUGGCCGAGGCCUCCGUCCACACGGCGGCGCUAGAGAGCCUCCUAUUGCGGCACGCGUUCGACCCGGACGCCUACUCUCGAGCCGUUAGAGAAACCCGGCCGGAGCUGGAGUGUAUGACAGAGGAGUGUGUGAGCCCGCGGCGCUCUCGCAUGUGUGUGUCGGGUCAGGACUCUUUGGCCCCGGCGCUGCAGCGCCUCUCCAUGUGCGGGUACGGGGGCGGGGUUUCGGACAGCCUAUCACAGCGCUGCAGGGACUCUCUUGGAGAGCGGCUGGGGGAGGGAUCAGGUGAGGAGCGGGAGUAUGUGACUCCCGAGUGGACUGAGGCUGAAAUGAGGACCACUGAAGAAAUCCCUUACGAGGAACUCUGGACCAAUCAGAACGCAGAGGGCUUGGGAAAGGAGCCUAACCUCAUCUCCUUUCAUUCGUCUUCCUCACUGGACGGUUCUCUUGGUACCGUGGUGACAAGAGUGUCUACCCCGCCACCCGUACCGCCAAAAUCUGAUGCUGUGAGAGAGGAGUGUCGCUACUUGAUUGCCCCUCCGGUUCCCCCUCGCUGCUCUAAAGGAGGCUCCAUCUCCAGUCCGGUCCCCAGCCCUCCAGUCCCACCUCGCUUCCCCAAAACCUCCACCUCCCCGAGACCCAACCUCUCCUUCUACUCCUCUGGACUUCAGGACAGCUGCUCGCCCUCUCCAGAUGCUUCUCUCUACUGUUACCCGUGCUCCUGGGCCGACUGCCCCGCCCCCAACCCAGCCAGUCCUGAGCCGGUCCCUGCCGUCCCUGCAGACAACACAGCCAAUCCUCAGCCAGCACAGGCCACCUGGGCAGAGCCGUGGGUAGAUUCCUUCACCUCCUCCGGGCCUCGACUGCGGCCGCCACCUCCACAGAGUCGGUUCGCACCCUUCGGGGCGUUGAACCCCUUCAACCGCCAGUCCCCUUGCCCUUCACCCGAGCCCGCUGCCAAUCCCACAACAGAUUCCUCCAGAGGUGCAGAGGGAGGCGGGACAUCCACAGGGGCCACUGAGGGGUUAUCCCCGCCACCUGACCUCACCUGGCGGCCUCCUGCCGACCUGUCUGUGCUGUCAUUGGAGGAGGUGUCGGCCUGCUUAAGGUUCAUCGGCCUAUCGGAGGCGGCGGUGGCCGUGUUCCAGAGGGAGCGAAUCGACGGCAGCCUCCUGGUGCAGCUGACUGAGGACAUCCUGUCACAUGACUUCCACCUGAGCCGACUGCACGUCACCAAGAUCACACAGUUCAUACAGGGCUGGAGGCCCAAGAUCUAACACACACACACACACACACACUGUCCUGAUAAUGUGCCUGUUGGCUUCUGAGCCAGCCUGAAUGUGCCUUCCACUGUGACCCACCGGCCGCUGAGCCCUACUGACUGAAGAUGAGAUUUGUUGAAGGAAACCACGCCACCCUGUGGUCAAACUAUGAAACUGACUUGACUGGCUCUUAAGCCAGGGGUCUCUGACAGACUGACUGCAUAUUUCCUGUCUGAAUCACAGACUGGGACUAGUUUACUAACAAAUGGCUUCAACAGAGAGCUACACGAUGCAAUUGCGCCGUUUAAAUUUGCCUUUGGGGCAAAUAGUCAAUCACAAGACAUGUUAAUACGUCAAGACAGCUGAAGGUUUUAAGCACUACAUGGAUCUGUGUGGCCUUCAUGCUGUGGUCCCACAUACAAUCUGACAUGAGGGGAAACAUGCCCUCAUUCUACACAAAAAAGUGAGGUUUAUUAUGGGUUUUUGCAAUAUAAGGGAAUUUACAGCCUCUCAUGUUGACCAGUAGGACAUGUAACCACACUGAUGUAACACUGAAACUGUUUCCUACCUGAGUCUCUUGCACAGCCUUCUUCAUCUGUUGUCCUCCAUCUGUGCGAUCAGCUGCAGCAGCCUGUAAUUGGCAUACAUAACAAUUAUUAUGAGUUAAGAAUGAGCUAGUUGUCUUAAGCUAAAAGGAAAAAGGAAAAUCCAUUAAGUCUGAAAGUCAAAAGCACCCAAUAAAGUUAUUAUUGAGUUUUUAGUACUGAUCAAUGAUUUACUGAACCAACCGUUACAGUAUACAGUACUCUGUAUCGAGGGCAUUUUGUGCUUUGGGACAGUGACGUUUUUAUUAACAUUCCCUCUAAGGGUAACACGAGACGUCCUUCUGUCUGUAGUCAGAUACACAGAUGUGUUGCCAUGUUAUUAUAGAAAUAUUCGACUGCCUCAGAAAUAGAGUUCUCAAAAUGUACCUCAGAUCACUUGUUCAGAUAUGCUUGAUUUAGCCAUGCAUAAUAAUAAAUGAAAUUACAAUGAGAUAUAUGUUCACAUAGUCAUUUGUUUUC